UUGAAAAUUUUAGCUUCGCUGGCGCCUAGCAUUUGCUUUGGUUGGCCAGGGUUCACAUGCUCUUACACUUGUACCAUUCAACAACACAGCAAAAGGAAAAAAAGGGAGCCAACAACCAAAAAAACAAAAAAGAGAAUCAGAGAAGAUUAAGAAGAAUCAAGAACAUUGUUGAAAACAGGUUCCCCUUAUAUUGGUGGCCUUCCUUUUCCAAACUUUUCUCAUCUUUCUUACAGAUUCCUGCAAACAAAGAAGAAUAGUUCUUUUUUCUUUUUUCUCUAUUUGAAGUUUUUUGGGUCAUCAUCAUGGAUGUUUCUAUGAAAAGAAGAACUCUGCUUAAGGUUAUUGUCCUAGGCGAUAGUGGGGUGGGAAAGACAUCUUUGAUGAAUCAAUAUGUUUAUAACCAGUUUAAUCAACAUUACAAAGCUACAAUUGGAGCUGACUUUGUUACCAAAGAAUUACAGAUUGAUAACAAAUUGGUCACUUUGCAAAUAUGGGAUACAGCAGGGCAGGAAAGGUUCCAGAGUCUAGGUUCUGCAUUUUAUAGAGGAGCAGAUUGCUGUGUUCUGGUGCAUGAUGUAAAUGUACUCAGAUCAUUUGAAACACUAAACAAUUGGCGUGAAGAAUUUCUAAAACAGGCAGAUCCAUCUGAUCCUGAGACAUUUCCUUUCAUAUUAAUUGGAAACAAGAUUGACGUAGAUGGUGCAAAUAGCCGAGUGGUAUCAGAGAAAAAUGCUACGGAUUGGUGUGCCACCAGAGGAAACAUACCCUAUUUUGAGACUUCAGCGAAAGAGGAUUACAAUGUUGAUGAAGCAUUUUUAUGCGUUGCAAAAACUGCACUAGCCAGUGAACAAGAACAUGACAUUUAUUUCCGGGGUAUCUCAGAAACUUGUUCAGAAGUUGAACCGAGAGGAGGCUGUGCUUGCUGAAGUUUGCAAAUGAUUGCAUAUAGUUGCUAUUCACCUUUUCCUGUUUCUUUGAUUCUUUCAAAAGUUUUUUUGGUGAUUAUUCUUUGGGGUCUGGGGAUUCGGGAUAGGUUUUAGGGUGAUCUCAUGUGUAUUAGCACUAAUGGUUGGGUUGGUGAGUAAGUAUAUUUUACAGCUUUUAAGGAAGCAGUCAAUUGUCUUUGAGCUACCAACAGAAUGACUGCAAGAGCAAAUAAAAAUUUCUGUUGUUAACAUUGUAUUUUGUUUGCAAAAUAGGAACAAUGUUCGCGU